CAUACUUCACAAAAAUAAUAUCAGAAAAUAAGUCACCUAACCUCAACUUUUAAACGAUGUACAAUGGGAGAUGAGGUGGAUAUUACUAUUAUUCAGUCUACUCAGAGCUCUUUAGGAAAAUAUAUAAAACGGCCACCUCUUACUGAGAAAUUGUUAAAGAAACCUCCGUUCAGAUUUAUCCACGACAUUAUAACGUCUGUACUUAAAACUACUGGAUUUUUUAAUGGUUUAUUCGAGGAACACGAAUUGCAAUCUGAAAAUGUUAAGGAUAGAGAAAAUAAAAUUUUGUUUCUGAACAAAGUUAUAUUCACUGUCGGUGCUACCACAGGUAAAACUUUAUCAGUUAAACCAUCGAAGAUUAUAUCCGGGCAAGAGCCCGAGAAAACAAAUGAGUUAUUGCAAUGCAUCGCUUUCGCUUUAGACCAAAAAUUAAGUUCCGAUGAAGCAGUACAAAAAUUCAAAGACUCUGUUAGCAAAUCCAGAUCCUCAGAAACAAAACCAAAAGAUGUCAAGAAAGCAAUAAAAGAAAAUAUUAAGGUAAAAGUGAGCUCAAGAAACACGACCAAAAAUGAAUCCAAUACUAAAAACGAGAGCAAUGCAAAUACAAAAUCUAAAGAUGUAAACAAAAAAGAAUCUCCACCUAAAAAAUCAAUACGCCCAGGGACCAAAAAGCCUACAGAAAAGACGAAAGGUGACGAAAUUAUUAAAAGAGAUGUUAAAAACGAGCCUUUACGUCCAAUCGCUAAAAAUAAAGAAAUACCUAAAUCGCUCGAAACUAAACCAGAAAAGCAGAUAGAAAACAAGGAAUCUUCAAAUAACAUUUUAAACAUCGAGAGUAACAAAAAUGAUGCUAAGUCAAAUUUAAUAUCACAAUCUGAUCAAAUUCCUAAUACAGACAUUGUAGAAAAAGGACAACUCGAUCCUCUAAGAGAGCAACAACUCCAGUUAUUAGAAGCCAGUGGCAAUGGACAGGAGAUUGAAGAUAUUAAGCCACAACAAAUCGACGACAGUCGCGAAAAUGACAUUAGUGGUAAUGAAGUUAAUGAUAUUGAAAAUAACGCAGGACAACUAAUUGCUACAGAACAGAAGAAUAAAUCACCAGAAAGAGAACUGAAAGAAGUAAAAACUUUAAGCGAAACAAAGUCAAUAAGACCCCCGAGCGUCAGACCCUCCUCGUCUAGACCCGGAGCACCGAGGCUGAAAGAAAAGCACGAAGAAACCCUGCCAGAAACAGAUAACCUUUUCAUUGGUAAAGUCAAUAUUAUCGCAGAGCAUGCUGUUCAAGAAGAAGAUGAGGAAUCCAGUAUUGUUAUUGUAGAAAACAAUAAUGAUGGAAAGUCCGAUGUCGAUAAAGAAUUAGCUCAGCUAGAUUCCAACGAACACGGCCAUUUAGUGCAACAGAUAUUGGAAUCCCAGAAAGAGUUUUCACAAGCAACAGGAAAGACGGAAAUUGAAUGGCAGUUUAACGCCAAAAAAGCCAGGGAUGCCAUUAACGAAGAAAUCGACCAGCUGAGGUUUAAUUUGCAAGCACUGUCGCGGGUCGCAAAUCCCCUGGGGAAGCUGCUGGACCAUGUUCAGGAGGACGUGGAAGUUAUGCGGCAGGAGCUCCAACAGUGGACGAAAACUUACGAGGAUGCACAUAGAGAUUUGCAAAAACAAAAGAAGUCCAACGAAGAGAAGCUAAAACCGUUACAUUCCAAAAUUAAACAAUUGAAUGCUGAAAUCGCCGACAAACACGAUAAAAUCAACGAUUUGAAAAUAACCAUUCAUAAAAACGCCUCAAGAAUUGACAAAUUACUAUCUAACGGGAACAAGCAAUAAAACUUACCUA